GGUAGCUCCACCGGCCUGCGCCGAGGCAGGGUGCCCCCGGCUGCCGCAGGACUGCUCUGGCUGGAUCUGCCCAUCCGCCGCGCUGAAGUCGAUGGGCUUCGGAGGGACCUCGGGAGCCUUUCUCUUCCCGCCGCGUCCGGGCUGUGUCCUGGAGGCUCCUCCUGCCCGAAUCGAGGGAUUCGCUUCCCCGUCCCCUCCCGGUGUCCCCGCUGUUCGCCCCGGGCAGUAGUAGCCCGUGCCCACUCCCGAAAGCGUCGCGGGGAGGCCCUCCGGCAAAAGCUGUCGCGGGGCUUUCACUUCCCGGCCCGGUUGCGUUCAGGCCUCAGUGGUUUCCUUUUCGGCUCCCUUUGAUGAAAUGCUGAGCGGCGGCUCUGGGGACUGGAGUUCAGAGCCUCCCCCCCAUGGACUUAUUUUAAUUUUCCCAGCCAUCCCGUGAGCUGUAUGACUUUGGCUUUUAAGAUCCUCUUACCACCAACUCUCCGUGCGCUCAGCCAAAAAGAACUGUGCCUAUUCCGAGAACAACAUCACUGGCCUGACAUAAGACAGUUCAGCCGGUGGUCGGAAACAGUUCUUCAUGGACACCACCUCCUCCAGAGAAGAAAGCCUGUUGUGUCAUUCCAGGAAAGCAAUCUAAGACCACGUGCCACCUGCCUUGUUUUCUUGCCAGGGUCGCAUGUGGGAGUCUGCAGUGGCCCCUGUGAGAUGGCAGAGCAACGGUUCUGUGUGGACUAUGCCAAGCGUGGCACAGCCGGCUGCAAAAAAUGCAAGGAAAAGAUUGUAAAGGGGGUGUGCCGAAUCGGCAAAGUGGUGCCCAAUCCCUUUUCAGAGUCAGGGGGCGAUAUGAAAGAGUGGUACCACAUUAAGUGCAUGUUUGAGAAACUGGAGCGGGCCCGGGCCACCACAAAAAAAAUUGAGGACCUCACAGAGCUGGAAGGCUGGGAAGAGCUGGAAGAUAAUGAGAAAGAACAGAUAAUCCAGCACAUUGCAGAUCUGUCUUCCAAGGCAGCAAACACACCAAAGAAGAAAGCUGUUGUCCAGGCUAAGUUGACAGCCACUGGCCAGGUGACAUCUCCAGUGAAAGGUGCCUCAUUUGUCACCAAUACCAAUCCCCGGAAAUUUUCUGGCUUUUCAGCGAAGCCCAACAACUCUGGGGAAGCCCACUCAAUACCUACCCCUAAGACAAGUCUGUCCUCAAGCAAAUGUGACCCUAAGCACAAGGAUUGUCUGCUACGUGAGUUUCGGAAGUUGUGUGCCAUGGUGGCUGAAAAUCCUAGCUACAACACGAAGACCCAGAUCAUCCAGGACUUCCUUCAGAAAGGCUCAGCAGGAGAUGGUUUCCACGGUGACGUGUACCUAACAGUGAAGCUGCUGCUGCCGGGUGUUAUUAAGAGUGUUUACAACUUGAAUGAUAAGCAGAUUGUGAAGCUUUUCAGCCGCAUUUUUAACUGCAACUCAGAUGAUAUGGCACGAGACCUAGAGCAGGGUGACGUGUCAGAGACAAUCAGAGUCUUCUUUGAGCAGAGCAAGUCUUUCCCCCCAGCUGCCAAGAGCCUUCUUACCAUCCAGGAGGUGGAUGAAUUCCUCCUGCGGCUCUCCAAGCUCACCAAGGAGGACGAGCAGCAACAGGCCCUGCAGGACAUCGCCUCCAGGUGUACAGCCAAUGACCUUAAGUGCAUCAUCAGGUUGAUCAAACAUGAUCUGAAGAUGAACUCAGGUGCAAAACAUGUGUUAGAUGCCCUAGACCCUAAUGCCUAUGAAGCCUUCAAAGCCUCGCGCAACCUGCACGAUGUGGUGGAGCGGGUCCUCCGCAAUGAGCAGGAGGUGAAGAAGGAGCCAGGCCGGAAACGAGCUCUGAGUGUCCAGGCCUCACUGAUGACCCCGGUGCAGCCCAUGCUGGCCGAGGCCUGCAAGUCCAUCGAGUACGCGAUGAAGAAGUGUCCGAAUGGCAUGUUCUCUGAGAUCAAGUAUGAUGGGGAGCGAGUCCAGGUGCAUAAGAACGGGGACCACUUCAGCUACUUCAGCCGCAGUCUCAAGCCAGUCCUGCCGCACAAGGUGGCCCACUUUAAGGACUACAUCCCCCAGGCUUUCCCCGGGGGCCACAGCAUGAUCUUGGACUCUGAGGUGCUCCUGAUCGACAACAAGAAAGGCAAACCACUGCCCUUUGGGACUCUGGGAGUGCACAAGAAAGCUGCCUUCCAGGAUGCUAAUGUCUGCCUGUUUGUUUUUGAUUGUAUCUACUUCAAUGAUGUCAGCUUGAUGGAUAGGCCUCUGUUUGAGCGGCGGAAGUUUCUUCACGAUAACAUGGUUGAAAUUCCCAACCGGAUCAUGUUCUCAGAAAUGAAGCAAGUCGCAAAAGCUUCUGACUUGGCUGACAUGAUCAACCGGGUGAUCCAAGAGGGGUUGGAAGGGCUGGUGCUGAAGGACAUGAAGGGUACAUAUGAGCCUGGAAAGCGUCAUUGGCUGAAAGUGAAGAAGGACUAUUUGAACGAGGGGGCCAUGGCUGACACAGCUGACCUGGUGGUGCUUGGGGCCUUCUAUGGGCAAGGGAGCAAAGGUGGCAUGAUGUCCAUCUUCCUCAUGGGCUGCUAUGACCCGAGUAGCCAGAAGUGGUGCACAGUCACCAAGUGUGCAGGAGGCCACGAUGACGCGACGCUCGCCCGCCUACAGAAGGAACUGGACAUGGUGAAGAUCAGCAAGGAUCCCAGCAAGAUACCCAGCUGGCUGAAAGUCAAUAAGAUCUACUAUCCUGACUUCAUCGUUCCAGACCCUAAGAAAGCUGCGGUGUGGGAGAUCACAGGGGCUGAAUUCUCGAAAUCUGAGGCACACACAGCUGAUGGGAUCUCCAUCCGUUUCCCUCGCUGCACCCGAAUCCGUGAUGAUAAGGACUGGAAGUCUGCCACUAACCUCCCCCAACUCAAGGAACUGUACCAGCUCUCCAAGGAGCGGGCGGCUUUCACCAUAGUGGCUGGAGAUGAGGGGAACUCCACUACAGGGGGCAGCAGCGGAGAGAACGAGGGCAUCUCAGGGCCAGCUGUGUCUCACGAGGCCCCGAGAACCUCCCCCAAGCAGCCCUCCACCAGUGCCAAGAAGGCAGGAGGGAAGCUGAGUAGCUCCAACAGCAAAGGCGGCAACAAGCUGGCUGCAAAGCAUUCCCCUGUGAAAGUGGGAGAGAAGCGGAAGGCUCCUGAUGAGACCCCAUGCCAAGCAAAGGUGAGGGUGCUGCUGGACAUCUUCACCGGGGUGCGGCUCUACCUGCCGCCCUCCACGCCAGACUUCAGCCGUCUCCGACGCUACUUUGUGGCAUUCGAUGGGGACCUGGCGCAGGAAUUUGACGUGGCCUCAGCCACACAUGUGCUGGGUAGUAGGGACAAGAACCCUGAGGCCCAGCAGGUGUCCCCGGAGUGGAUCUGGGCCUGUAUCCGGAAACGGAGACUGGUAGCUCCCUGCUAGGACUGCUGCCUGCCCUCGCCCUCUGGCUGUGCUCUCCCCACUGCACUACUCCUGGACAGGGCAGGCAGGCACAGGACAGAACCUGGGGGAACAGGCUUUCUUCUCCAAGCUGUGCAUCUUCCAGAACCCACCAACCAUGCAUGGUCUCUUCCAGACUGGUUAGUUGCUGUGGGUACCACCAGUGAAGUCAGUUUCUCCUGCUUACAUACGUCUUUCAGAUCUGGGUGCUGGUUUUGACCUCUUUUUUUUUUCUUUAAAAAGCAGCUUUUAAAAAAACAAAAACAAAAAAGCCAGGAACUAUCUUGGAGUUAUGUAUGUCCUUCCCCCGACACCCCCAAUAAUUCUCCUAGUGAUUAAGGAGUGAAGGGAAGGCCGGCUGUUGAAGCUCUGUCCACAGAGCCCGUCCUGGCGGCAGUCUUUUCUCCCUUACCUGCCCCUUCUACUUCCAGGCUCAUUUUAAAGUUGUAUUUAAAAGAAAGACUGUCCCCAGAAAUGCUUAUAAUUGGCAAAACUUGUAUUCAGCCUGGCCGCCAGGAAUGAAGUCUCACUUGAAAGAAAACAAAAUGGGCUUUGUCUUUGUGCUCUCCUAUUACAGUGUGUGGGCCCCUGUGUGAAGGGAGGGAACCAUGAUCAGGUAGGAAGGAAAGGGAGGUUGUUUGGGCUACUCCUCGGGGGGAUAAAGGGCUCCAGGAGGAUCUGCCUCCCCCAAAUCUGGAAACAAGUGGAGCGGCUGGGCCCGUGAGCCAUGGCCGCUGAGCCUGCGCGUCCAGAGCCUGUGCUCGGCAACGGGAGAGGCCACGACAGUGAGAGGCCCGCGUACCGCAAAAACAAAAAAAAGACUGCUCUUUAAAGACCCACCUGAGGACAAAUCUACACAGCCUGCUUAGAAAGAAUGGCUCCUGCACCGCCUGAGGCUGAUUUAUUUGAAUAAAAGGGAAACAAUUUAGCAUGGA